GGGGAGGAGGUGGAGAGGGGAGGAGGAGGAGGGGGAGAGGAAGGACGGGCCAGCGUUUGGUGCAUGCAGGCGUGUGAUCACCACCUCUGUCAAAAAUAGACAGGAGCACUGAGAGGGGUCCGGCGCGACCAUGGCGAAGAAGCACUGGGAGCCAGACACGGACGCGAAGGGCGACAUGGAAAUGUCCACAGGCAAACACGAGCCAAAUGGAGAUUUAAGUGAGAGCAAAGACGAUGACAAGAAGAAGAAGAAGGAAAAACCACCAAAGAUUCCCAUGGUCGGCCCCAUUGCUCUGUUCAGGUUCGCAGACGGUUGGGACGUUUUGCUGCUCAUUGUCGGGACGGUGAUGGCCAUGGUCAACGGUGUAGUGCUCCCUCUCAUGUGUAUUGUGUUUGGAAACAUGACAGACAGCUUCAUAGAUGACUCCUUGAACUCCCAAUUAAACUCAAGCAUCCCCAAUAUCACCAUACCUACCAGCAACUUACAAGGAGACAUGCAGCGCUUUGCAAUCUAUUACUCCAUCAUGGGGGCCGUUGUACUGGUGGCAGCCUACAUGCAGGUGUCCUUCUGGACCCUGGCAGCCGGGCGGCAGGUCAAACGCAUCCGCAAGUUGUUCUUCCACUGCAUCAUGAAGCAGGAAAUCGGCUGGUUCGAUGUCAACGAGACGGGAGAGCUCAACACACGUCUCACAGACGAUGUCUAUAAGAUCCAGGAGGGUAUCGGUGAUAAGGCGGGAAUGCUGAUACAGGCCUACACCACCUUCAUCACUUCCUUCAUCAUCGGCUUCACCAAAGGCUGGCAGCUCACCCUGGUCAUCCUGGCUGUGAGCCCAGCGCUGGGCAUCUCAGCCGCACUCUUCAGUAAAGUGCUGACAAGUUUCACUAGUAAAGAGCAGACCGCAUAUGCCAAAGCCGGAGCUGUGGCAGAAGAGGUGCUUUCUGCUAUCAGGACAGUGUUUGCCUUCAGUGGUCAGGACAGAGAGAUCAAGAGAUAUAAUAAGAACUUGGAGGAUGCUAAAGCCAUGGGAAUAAAGAAGGCGCUCUCCUCUAACAUCGCCAUGGGCUUCACCUUCCUGAUGAUCUACCUGUCGUACGCUCUGGCCUUCUGGUACGGGAGCACACUCAUCCUGAGCGGCACAUACACCAUUGGAUCCGUACUCACUGUGUUCUUCGUUGUGCUCAUCGGAGCGUUCACUGUGGGUCAGACCUCUCCCAACAUCCAGAGCUUUGCCAGCGCCCGCGGAGCAGCACAUAAAGUCUACAGCAUUAUUGAUCAUAAACCGAGCAUCGACAGCUAUUCAGAGACGGGUCACAAGCUCGACUUUGUCAAGGGAGACAUAGAGUUCAAGGGGAUCCACUUCAACUACCCCUCAAGGCCGGAAGUCAAAAUUUUAAACAACUUGAGUCUGAACGUGAAGAGUGGACAGACCAUGGCCUUGGUGGGGAGCAGCGGCUGUGGCAAAAGCACCACGGUCCAGCUGCUGCAGAGGUUCUACGAUCCACAUGAAGGAAGUAUAUUUAUUGAUGGCCACGAUAUCCGCACACUUAACAUCCGCUACCUGAGAGAGAUGAUCGGCGUGGUGAGUCAGGAGCCCAUCCUCUUUGCCACCACCAUCGCUGAAAACAUCAGAUAUGGCCGACCUGACGUGACGCAGGAGGAGAUCGUACAAGCCACCAAGGAGGCUAACGCUUACGACUUCAUCAUGAACCUUCCGGACAAGUUUGAGACGCUGGUUGGAGACCGAGGGACUCAGAUGAGUGGAGGGCAGAAGCAGAGGAUUGCGAUUGCUCGGGCUCUCGUCCGCAACCCCAAAAUCCUUCUGCUGGACGAAGCCACAUCUGCACUUGAUGCCGAGAGUGAAACCAUUGUUCAGGCUGCGUUAGACAAGGUCCGACUGGGUCGUACCACCAUAGUAGUCGCCCAUCGCCUCUCAACCAUCAGAAAUGCGGACGUCAUUGCUGGCUUCCAUAAAGGGGAAAUCGUAGAGAUGGGAACUCACAGCGAACUGAUGGAAAAGAAGGGCGUCUACCAGUCUCUGGUCACCAUGCAGACCUUCCAGAAAGCUGAGGAUGGGGAGGAGGACGAGUGCGAGCCGUCUGCGGGUGAGAAAAGCCCGUUAGCCAAGACCUUCUCUCACUCCUCUAUACGCCGGAGGAAGUCCACGCGAGGCUCCUCCUUCACCGCCUCAGAGGGCGACAAGGACGAGAAAGACAAGUCGAAGGGUGACCAGGACAAGACAGAAGAGGAUGAAGAAGCUCCCCCUGUGUCGUUCCUUAAAGUGAUGCGUCUCAACAGUUCUGAGUGGCCAUACAUCCUGGUGGGAACCUUGUGUGCCACGAUCAACGGAGCAAUGCAGCCGGUGUUCGCCAUCAUCUUCUCUAAGAUCAUCAGUGUGUUUGCAGAGCCAGAUCAAGAGAUUGUCAGGCAAAGGGCUACAUUCUUUGCACUGAUGUUUGCUGGUAUUGGAGGCGUGUCCUUUAUCACUAUGUUUCUACAGGGUUUCUGUUUUGGUAAAUCUGGAGAGAUUCUGACCCUGAAGCUGAGACUCAAGGCCUUUACAUCCAUGAUGAGACAGGAUCUCGGCUGGUUUGACAACCACAAAAACAGCGUUGGAGCGCUCACGACAAGACUGGCCACAGACGCUGCCCAAGUACAAGGGGCUACAGGGGCACGUCUGGCCACACUGACGCAAAACGUCGCCAACAUGGGCACCGGCGUGGUCAUCUCCAUGGUGUACGGCUGGGAGCUGACCCUGCUCAUCUUGGCUGUCGUGCCCAUCAUAGCAGUUGCUGGUGCUGCUGAGAUGAAGCUGCUCACCGGACACGCCGCCGAGGACAAGAAGGAGCUGGAGAAGGCUGGAAAGAUUGCUACAGAGGCCAUCGAGAAUAUCCGUACUGUUGUGUCUCUCAACAGAGAACCCAAGUUUGAGUCUUUGUAUCAGGAAAACCUCAUAGUGCCAUACAAGAACUCCCAGAAGAAGGCCCAUGUGUAUGGCUUCACCUACUCCUUCUCUCAGGCCAUGAUCUACUUCACUUAUGCAGCCUGUUUCCGUUUCGGAGCUUGGCUCAUUCAUGAAGGGAGGAUGGAUAUGGAGGGGGUUUUCCUUGUGAUUUCGGCUGUUCUGUACGGCGCCAUGGCUCUCGGAGAGGCCAACUCCUUCGCUCCAAACUACGCUAAGGCCAAGCUGUCAGCAGCCCACCUCAUGAUGCUGAUCAACAGCGAGCCAGCCAUUGAUAACCUGUCACACGAGGGAGAGACACCGGAGACAUUUGACGGUAAUGUGCGCUUUGAGGAUGUGAAGUUUAACUACCCUUCACGGCCGGAUGUUCCCAUCCUCCAAGGGCUGAAUCUGAAGGUGAAAAAGGGAGAGACUCUGGCUCUGGUGGGUAGCAGCGGCUGUGGGAAGAGCACCACCAUCCAGCUGCUGGAGAGGUUCUACGACGCCAGGGAGGGGAGAGUGGUGCUGGACAGUGUGGAUGUCAAACAGCUGAACAUCCAGUGGUUGAGAUCACAGAUAGGCAUUGUGUCCCAGGAGCCCGUGCUGUUCGACUGCACCCUGGCAGAAAACAUCGCGUAUGGAGACAACAGCCGCACCGUGACGAUGGAGGAGAUCGAGGCGGCAGCUAAAGCGGCUAACAUUCACAGCUUCAUCCAAGAGCUGCCGCAGAAGUACAACACUCAGGCAGGCGAUAAGGGAACGCAGCUGUCAGGUGGACAGAAGCAGCGCAUCGCCAUCGCCCGAGCCAUCCUCCGUAACCCCAAAGUGUUGCUGCUGGAUGAGGCCACGUCCGCACUCGACACCGAGAGUGAGAAGGUGGUGCAAGAGGCAUUGGACCACGCCAGCAAGGGCAGGACGUGCAUCAUCGUGGCCCACCGCCUGUCCACCAUCCAAAACGCCGACCGCAUCGCCGUCUUCCAGGGAGGAGUGGUGGUCGAACAGGGGACGCAUCAACAGCUGCUGGCCAAGAAGGGAGUCUACCACAUGCUGGUCACCAAACAGAUGGGCGACAGGAGCGAAUAAGAGGACAGAACUCUUUUUCAGUUUCCAGAGGGAUGGACUCAACACUCGUGCCUUUCAUAGUCAACUCUCUGCUUCUGAAUGUUCAGAAGCCAAAAAAGUCUAACAUCUUGUUCAUUAGGCGUUUUUCUUCACUGGCCUUUUUCACAGAUGACAUUGUGACAUGUGAUCAUAGAAAAUAAAAUGAAUGAGUGAACACACUCGCAGCUCACUGGGACACUUGAAUGUUAGGAACACUUGUGCUUUUUCCUGCCAUGCAGGUCAAAAUGUCUGCUUUGAAAAAGGCCCAAUGUGUCGUCAUGUUCUUAUCUUUGUUUAAAAAGAUCUGAUCACGUUUGUGCCUCAUACACUGGGACUCAAGUACGGCCAGAGAUUUAAAGGUGGAGCAACUGUAAGAAAAGAAAAAAACCCUCACUUUUGUUGAUAUCUUGUGCCACCCUCCUUUAACUGCAACUACAGUGAUUAAACUUGCCAGUACACUGGAUUUAUUCUGUAUCACAGUGCCUGACACCGGGAUCAUCAUCAUAGAUACGUUGUGUUAUACAGUAUUUGUGUUUAGGUAAAUUCUUUGAUAAUUUAUUGAUUGUGUUUUUCUAUGUUUUCUACUGUCAGAGUUAAUAAUUGAGCAGAAGUGCCUGAAGUAUUUCACCUGAGAACAUGUUGUACACAACAGGGCUGUGCACAUUUGAAUUUUCUGUCACACACUAGGAAUCCUUUUUUUUUUUUCUACAAAUGCGUGUAAUUACUAACCUUUUCAAAUAAUAUGGUCAUGAAACUAUUAAAAUGUUAUAUUCAGUUAUUAAAAACAUCACCUCAUCAUCA